AUGGCGUCCUCCUCCGUCCAACGCCGCCAACGCCGCCGUCUCUCUGUAAACACCACCGCCAACCUCACUCUCACCGCCGCCGAAAAAGUGAUCGGAGACGACGAUCUGCUCAGCCGGAUCCUCAUACGCCUACCGGCGAAACCUCUAUUCCGAUUCAAGACCGUAUCCAAGAGAUGGUGCUCUCUCAUUUCGGAUCCUUACGUUCUUCAACGCUGGAUUCCUCCGAAAUCUCCUUCCUCUUUCUUCUUACGAAGGUAUUCUCGCUUUCCUUACGAUUUCAAUUUCAAUCACGUAUCUCUCAAUGGUCUUGUUAAACACAACCGUUCAAUUGCUCCUCUAUAUCUCUAUUUCUUCGAUAACCGCCACCAUGUCAUUAUUUCCAAGUCCUGUAAUGGCUUAUUGCUCUGCACUUCCUCUUUGCCCGGUUUGUAUUAUUGUAAUCACAGCCAUUACUAUGUUCUCAACCCUACCACCCAGCAAUAUUCCACCAUUCCUAGGCCUGUUAACGGGGAUCAGUACGACCGCAUAGUUUCCAUCAACUUAGCAUUUGACCCCUCUCUUUCACUUCACUACAAAAUUAUUGCUCUCAUUUCCAGAAGAGACCGCAGCCCUGAAUAUCGAAUUGCGGUAUAUUCAUCCGAAACUCGAACUUGGGUGAAUUCUGUACCCGUUAUUUACCCAUCAGAUAUGAUAAUUGCAAAUGGUGUCUUCUCUAAUGGUAAGAUCCAUUGGCUUCGUUGCCGCUCAAAAACAUCAAUAGCUUAUGAUAUUGAUCGAGAUGAAUCUUUCCCAUUCCCAAUGCCAUAUAGUCUCACAAAGUCCCCUGCGUAUUUUGGGGAGUCUGGAGGUCAUCUACUGUUCAUUGAAUCUAUUCAAAAUUGGGGUGAUCAGUUUGAUGUGUGGGAGUUAGAGAGCGACUAUUCUCACUGGUUUGUGAAAUAUCAUGUUGACCUUGAGAUGGGUGCAUUGGCUUUUCCAGGGAUAACGUAUGAAGUCGAAGUGCUUUGCUUCCUCGGAGGAGAAGUUGAAGGGGAUUCAUGCUUGAUCUUCUACCUAUCCUGUCAAGUCAUAUCCUAUAACUUCAAGGAUAGAAGUUUUAGGAAGGUUUGCAAUUUGAAGCUGCGUCCUUGUGAUAUUGACAAUAUACAAAUGCGUCCAUCGGCUUUCAUCCAUCCAUGCAUGGAAACCAUAUUUAAUGUUUGA